ACGGGCGCCCCGUGUGUUUCAGCGUACUGCGACCGGCGCGACACGCUGGCCAACCUGUGCGAGAAGAUCACGGGCGACGCGGCGCUGUUCUCCAUGUUCCGCGUGGCCGGCGCGCCGGCGCCCUGCCCCUUCGACGGCGGGCCGCCCUUCAGCUUCACGUACAGCCGCGGCGCCGGCGCCGCCGACUGCCGCGUGCCCGAGUCGCGCGCCGAGCCCUGCACCGACCCCUCGCGCCUGCUGCUGCGCUACCAGGCGUGCCCCGACGUGCGCGGCACCGAGAGCGCCGUGGAGGAGCUGGAGUGCCUGGGCUCGUGGCGGGACGGCUCGGUGCGCUACUUCGUGGGCCGGCUGGAGCACCGGCUGGCGCACUCUGACGAGGACCGCUACCGCUGCUUCGUGUACGAGCGCCUCUCCGGGCCCGGCGACGCCGUCUCCUUCAACGUGGCCCAGUCGGGCGACGCCACCUGCUCCGGGCUGCUGUCCGCCAGCGAGGGCUCCCGCACCAUGCGCCUCACCAACACAGGUGGUGACCGGGGAGCGUUGACGAGCCGGUGCGAGUUCCCGGUCUGGGUGACGGAGCAGCCGCAGUGGCUGAGCCUGGACCACGCGCGCUCCUACCGCUUCUCGGCGCGCAACGGCACGCUG